AUGUCAGCCGAAGCCCAGUCUAAAGAUUUCAACGCCCAAUCUUCAGCCGAGCAGCCUGAUGUUGCCAUCCCGUCAACAAAAGACCUGGAGGGCCAAGUCGACAGAGACUCCAAUGACGAGAAAACUUCCGCAUCGGCUUUCAAAGCUUUAGGAUGGCUUGAUCGCUUCCUCGCCCUCUGGAUAUUUCUUGCCAUGGCGAUCGGCAUCAUACUUGGCAACUUUGUGCCCUCGACCGGACCGGCGUUGCAGAAGGGCAAGUUUGUUGGCGUAUCAGUGCCUAUUGCCGUCGGUCUUCUGGUCAUGAUGUACCCGAUUUUAUGCAAAGUUCGAUACGAGUCGCUUCAUAAGCUCCUGGCCCAGCGCUCCAUGUGGAGGCAAAUUAUUUUCAGUAUCAUUGUGAACUGGGUUGUGGCUCCGUUCCUUAUGCUUGGCCUUGCAUGGGCCUUCCUUCCAGAUAAAAGUGAUUUGCGUUCUGGUCUGAUCCUCGUCGGCCUCGGAAGAUGUAUAGCCAUGGUGCUCAUCUGGAACGGCCUCGCCGGUGGUGACAACGAGUACUGCGCUAUUCUCGUGGCAAUCAACUCAAUCCUCCAGAUGGUCCUCUUCGCCCCACUCGCGGUCUUCUUUAUCCGCAUCAUCAGCGGCGAGACCGGCAUCGGGGACAUCUCGUACGAAGUCGUUGCUACAAGCGUCGGCGUGUUUCUUGGAAUUCCCCUGGCGGCUGCCAUCAUCACCCGCUUCGCGUUGCGUAUGACGGCCGGACCAGCCUGGUACGAACGCGUGUUUCUUCGUUUCGCCUCGCCUUGGUCCUUGAUCGGCCUUCUAUACACUAUCAUUGUCCUCUUCGCGUCCCAGGGCCGCCAGGUGGUCCACCAGGUGGUUUCUGUGGUUCGCGUGGCCGCGCCGCUUGUCGUCUACUUCAUCUCCAUCUUUUGCGUCACGCUCUUCAUCACCUAUCGCCUUGGCUUCAAGUAUCCGGUCGCCGUGACACAGAGUUUCACUGCCUCCAGCAACAACUUUGAGCUGGCCAUCGCCGUUGCGGUUGCCACGUUUGGUCCAGACAGCGACCAGGCCCUUGCGUCCACUGUGGGACCACUCAUCGAGGUUCCUGUCCUCCUGGGCCUGGUUUAUUUGAUGCGACUUAUGCGGAAGAGAUGGGACUGGAAAGCUUGA